AGUCUUUGAAACAAGAUGGAAGUAAUAAUCUUCUGUUGACCGGAAGUUCAUCUCAACGGAAGUUGCCGAUCCUAUGUCACACCCUCUCACCCCCGACAUGACGUCAAGCGGCGUUUGAAUAGAAAUGACAGUCGGCUCGUUCAAGUUUCAGCUUGGAUCGAUCAAGUGGAGUUGUGAUUAUUAGUUCUGCUGAUUCAUCUCGGUAGGAAGAAAGACAAGACUAAUUCUCAGACGUUGGUUUUUAACCUAUUCACCCGGGCGAAUCGAAUUCGUUUUGUUUGCUGAUCGAGCGAGCGGAAAUGGAUUCUGUUUGGAAGAACAUAAGCUUAACGUUACUGAUGACGUGUUUUGUCUUCCAGACAAAGUUUUCAAGUGCUCAGACCCAAAGUUUGAAACCUUACUUCACACAUAAACCCAAGAAUAUAACAGCCAAGUUACAUUCUUCAACAACAGUUGUAAAAUGCUAUGCAACAGGCACACCAAUGCCCUCUGUGAAGUGGGUGAGAUACACUACCAGUGGUGAGACUGUGAUUAGAACUGGAGGCAGAUUUGUUGUGGGUUCUGUCUUUAGAAAUCUCUAUAUCUUCCACCUACAAUGGUCAGAUGCAGGGAAAUAUGGCUGUGUGGCCCAGAAUAAACAUGGAAGAGCUGAAGCCAAUUUUUACAUUACUGUGCAAACAGAAAGUGCACCUAGUUGGAAAAUCAAGCCACGCAAUGUGACAUUGUAUGAAGAUCAAGAAUACACCUUGCCAUGUGAUGCUAUUGCAUUUCCUGAGCCAGCGCAUUCUUGGUCACACAAUGGACAUCUUGUAGUUUCCUCUAAUCCUGUAGUUGUAGGAAACAAUUUAGUUUUUUCCUCUGCAAAGGCUUCCCACUCUGGAUGGUACACCUGUACAGCAUCUAAUUAUCAUGGAUCUAUUUCUUCUUCAGUCUAUGUUGAAGUGGUCUCAGAUCCCUCAGUUGUUAUGCAACCCCAGGAUGUCCCAACUGUUAUUGGAGGGAGUGUGGCAUUAUCCUGUGGUGUUGUUGGCAGUGCCGCAUCAUUUGCGGUUAAGUGGACUCACAAUGGCAGUGAUUUAAGGGAGGAUAAUUCAUUCUCCUUAACAAACACAACUUGGCGCAAUGUAAAGAUAUUUGAGUUGAAAAUUGAUGGAAUAAGACGUCGUCAUACUGGGAAAUAUCGUUGCAUAGUGACUAAUGCCAAAGGAAGUGUAACAAGCAGGAAAUCUAGAGUUUAUUUUUCCAGUUCUGUUAUUCCUUAUAAAGUUGAAGUACCAAGACCAGCAGUAGUUGCUGCAGUUGGUUCUGAUGUUGAGUUGAAAUGUUUCUUCAGUGGAAGCCCAAUACCACAAGUAAUUUGGUACAAAGAUGGAAACAAAGUCACAGACCUAGGAUUUCAAUUUGUCCGUGGUGUAGGGUCAAGAUUUGAAGCCAUUUUAGAAUUAAGCAAUGUCACAAGUUCUGUUUCAGGUCAUUUUGUUUGUGUUGUCAGUGGUGUGGCAGGCACAGCUGAGGGCAACAUAACAUUGUUUGUUGGAGAUGGAAGAGUGCCUGAGGUCAAAUCAUUGCUUCUGUAUAGAGACAUCAGGAAGGGUUCCAACAUAACACUACAGUUCUUUGUAAUGAGUGAAACUGAGCCAGAUGUCACAUGGUAUAAAGAUGGCAAACAGCUCAAAGAUCCUGGAACCAUUAAGCUACAUGCUAAUGGCACAUACAAAGCUGAACUUCUUAUAACUUUGGCGCAGUACAGUCAAAAUGGGGUUUAUGCCUUAAUGGCUCAAAAUCAGUUUGGAACCGGUUCAGCAAAUAUAAUUUUGGCUGUCAAAGGAGCCCCUGAGGCACCCUCUAAUGUCACAGUCAAACAAACAUCUUUCCAAACUAUAUUGGUAUCAUGGCUCCCUGGAUAUGAUGGAGGAGCUGACAUCAACUUCAUUGUAAGAUACAAGAUCAGCAGCUCAGAUGUGUGGACAAGUUCUGGUAAAAUAUCAGGAAAUUUGACAAGUGCCAUGUUGAAUAAGGAAGAGGAAUGGAAUGGUGUAUUUGUUUUCAGUGUGCUAGCUGUCAAUCAGUUUGGAUCCAGUGAAUCCAGUGAAGUUUCAGUAAACUUAAAUGGGGAAGACAGCGGUCCGCAAGCCCGUAAAGACGAAGGUUCAUCAACAGGCGCCAUAUUGGGUGGGGUCAUAGGAGGGGUGUGUGCUGUACUUUUGGUUAUUGUGGUGGUGCUGGUCAUACGUCGUAAAAACAAGAAGAAAAAAGAUCCUGCUCAGCCUCUCCCAGCUGUACAAUACUCUGUGGUGGGAGAAGACCCGUACACUUAUGCGGAUCCCAAUUUCGGCCAAUCCCCUCCAACCCAGAGGUGUGACACGUAUUCUUAUGUCACCAUCAAACCCGAUGCGGCAGCCGCUAUGGCAGCUGGCAGUGAGUAUGCAUCCAUCUCUCGACCAAAGCAGUGGGAAGUACCUAAGAGGAAUGUGCGCCUUGAUAAGAAAUUGGGCUCAGGCCACUUUGGACAAGUCAUGAAGGGUUAUUUGAAGACGAAACGAGGCAUACAAGUUGUAGCCGUAAAGAUGCUAAAAGAAAAUGCUGAUCAGCAACAAAAGAAAGAGUUUCUUGAUGAGUUGGAACUAAUGAAACCCAUGGUACCUCAUCCAAACAUUGUUGGUCUGGUUGGGUGUUGUACUAAAUCAGAUCAGCCUUUCAUAAUCGUAGAGUACUGCUCCUCGGGGAACUUGAAAGAUUUCCUUAUUUCCAGUCACGGCAGUGUUGUUUACGCCAACAUGGCGGGUAAUAGUGUGUCUUUGACGAGCCGUGACCUGAUGUCAUUUGCGUGGCAAGUUGCUCGUGGAAUGAGUUACCUAUCAAGUCUGAAACUUGUUCACAGAGACUUGGCCGCAAGAAACAUUCUGGUAGACAAAGGAAACAUUUGUAAGAUUUCUGACUUUGGUCUAGCCAGAGAUAUUUACGAGAAGAAACAAUACCUAAAGUUAGGAGAGGCAGAAUUACCUCUUCGCUGGAUGGCGUUAGAAUCAAUAUUUAAGGGAAUUACUACCACAGAAAGUGACAUUUGGUCAUAUGGCAUACUUCUGUGGGAGAUUGUCACUUUAGGGGCUAAUCCCUACCCUGGUAUGAACAGAGAUCAAGUGAUAGCUCAGCUGCAUAUUGGUUACAGGAUGCCCAAACCACAAUACUGUUCUGAUGAAGUAUACGCCAUCAUGUGGCAGUGCUGGCAGCAAGAACCAGAGGCCAGACCAACUUUCCUUGAAAUAGGAAAAACUCUACACAGACUGAUGACAGCAGAAAGGAUCUCGAUUGAUCUGAACAAUUUUGACGCAAGUUACAUCAAUGCCACUGAAGAACGGUGAUGAACUUGUGUCACG